AUGCCCGGCUCUUCCCGCUCAUCUUUUGAUCUUCUCAUGGCCAAUGCUUCCAAGAAGAAAAAUCAACCGUCCAAGGCUAAAGAAUCAUCACCACCGAAACGCAAAAGCCCAUCUAAACCCCAAUCCCAAACCCCUGAUUUACUUCCACAAAAGGAAGACACACCUGAAAAUCAAGAUAUUGUGCAGAAUUCGAGUUCCUGUGAAAUCGGUGGAUUGAAAGAUUCAGAUUCAAAUCCAAUUCAGACUAGUAGUAGUAAUGCCGACAAAGGCUUGGUGGCGGCGAAGAAGCCGAAGUUGUCAAUUACGCCAGAGGAGAGUGUAUCGGAGUUGAAGAAAAAGGCUGUAGAAUUCAAAGCGAACAAGGAAAACGGGUGCCUUUCAUGUUUUUGGCAAAGACGUUGGAGGCUGUCUCUAAGGAGUCAGGCAGGGAUCGCACCUGCUCAUGAGGGUUUGGAGCUUGGUAUUUGGGAAUCCUCGAUUAUCAAGGAACUUGCUGAGGCUUGUGGUGCUAAAGAAGCACAUAUUAAGAAGCAAUACGAGGUGUCUAUGGUGCCUUUCUCCUUGCUUGUUAUGAUAACGACAAAGAAGAAUUCCAAAGCAUAUGCAAAAUUGGAACUGGAUUUUCUGAAGCUAUGCUUGAAGAACGUUCUUCUAGACUGA